AUGCCUUCACGAAUCCCCAUCAGCAACUGGCGCAAGCAGCAGGUCCUCCGCUGGAUCGAGAGCGAAGGCGGCCAAGUUCCUACUCGAGCUAUCAGCCACUUCCGUGUGCAGGGUUUGAAGCUGGAUGGUGGCAGCGUGCGGCGGUGGUGGCGUGACCGCGAGAAGCUCCUAGCGGCAGACCCAAGCAUGAGCCGGCUUCCAGGCGGUGGUCGUCGCCCCCUAUCGGCUACCAUGGAGGACGCCCUGUACGACGAGAUUGUUGCCAAGAGGCUACAGAAGGAAAAAGUCACGCGCGCCUGGAUUGGCCACAUGGCCAGGCGCGCGGUUACUUACAUGAAGUUUCUACGCAACGCUGUCCCCGCCAUGGACUUGAACCGUACCAUCCUGAUGGAUGAAACGGCCGUGUACUUCGAAGAUGCGCGUAAUCAGGCGGUGGACAUAACCGGCAGUCGCCAUGUCGUGGUGCGCUCCACGGGGUUUUCGUCCAUGCGGAUUACGGCGGUGUUGGCUGUAUCGGCCACAGGGAGAAAAAUUCCACCUCUUUUGAUCUGGAAAGGCAGAGCCUCACCAACUUUUGCCAAAAUUGGCGGCGUCUACGGGGCCUACCAGCCGCGAGCGUGGGUUGACAGCGCGUUGCUCAAGCGCUGGAUUGAUCUGGCUUUUUCGCUGGUCGACAUGCAAGAAGGAAAGCAUCUGGUUUGGGAUUCGACGCGCGCUCACAUCUCCAAGGAUGUGAAGGCGAAGUGCGCGGCUCGCAAGAUCAACAUGUGCGUCAUUCCCGGGGAGCUCACGCCCUAUCUGCAAGCAGGCGACAUUGGUAUCUACAAGACGUUGAAGGACCUACUCUACAUGAAGAUCAAUGCGUGGAAGGAGAGCGACAAGGUCGAGUACACUCGCUUCGGCAACCCGCACAGCUCCCUGGACUGGCACGUAGCGAAGCAUGACGUGUACGGUGAGCAAUUCUGUACAGGCUGGGAAGGCGCUGGCGACGACCUCGAGGACAUGGACAACUUUAACCUGGACGAGCUGCACGACGCUCUUGAUGAUGCUGCUCUGAUCGACGAGUAA